AUGAUGAAUGGAAAUGGUUCUCCAGGAACUGGUUCUCUACCGCCGACUUUCCCAAAAAUCGCCGGUGCCGAGAAUAGCAUCAGUCACCGCAACCGCAGUACCACCAGCAAUACUGGCCAUUUAAAACUCCUUAAACCAACAUCGCAAGGUAGACAACAAAUUGCAGCCGCAAAUUUACAACACAAGGCGAGAGCAGCGGCCAACGCCGCGCCCGCGGUAGGCACCGCAGCAGGCAGCCAGCACUUCACGCCGCCCGCCGUUAAUCAAGCGGACGAUGUCUCGCCGGACAUAGACAAGAUUGUACGGAAGAAGAAGACGAUGAUCAUAAGAAUGCUGUUCUUGGCUGUAGUUGCUUGGGCUUCAACAGAGAAGUCAUGUUACUGGAACGCUUUUUGUCCAUACCCAAUGUACUCGAGCAAGACCCCGUAUGAUACAGUCAGAGGAGAUAUCAGAGACUAUCCGAGUCCAGAGGGUUGUCAGGCGAUAAGUGUUUGGUCACUGCACAGGCACGGGAACCGCAAUCCUAGCUCCAGAGUCACAGCCGACAUCAAAGCAGUCGCUCGCUUAAAGGAUAAGAUCAUUCAGAGCUUUGAGAGUGGCAGAAGUCAAAUGUGCUCGCAGGACAUUGAAGAAUUUAAAAAAUGGAAGUGGAACGAAACUCUUGAAGAAUCACAAUCGUUCCUUACUGGGACAGGUUAUGAAGAACUCUUUGACAUAGGGAAGCGUCUUAGGAAAAAAUAUCCUCACCUGUUGCAAGGAUCUGAUGACAAAUACUACUUUAGGAGCACCAACGAACAGCGUAACGUUGUCAGCGGAAUGGCGUUUGUCCAUGGUCUUGCGGAAGGGACCGAUUUGAAUCUCACUGUUGAUGGACCUUGGGAAAGAGAUGACAUCAUUCGUCCGUAUCAAAACUGCGACAGAUAUCAAGUGGAAGUGAAAGGUGGCCAGAAACUGGAGGAUGAACUGGACGCAUACUUCCGCAUAGUUGAGUUCCAGAUGGUUAAGAAUAAUGUCCAGAAGCGCCUAGGCAUAGACACACAGUUGUCGCCUAAAGGCGUAUACUCGUUAUAUGAGAUCUGUCGCUUCUACCGCUCCUGGACUCCCACGAAGCAGUCACCUUGGUGCUCCGUCUUUUCACACCAAGAUCUUGUUGUACUAGAGUACAGGGAUUACGUACGUCAUUACCAUCUUAAUGGGUACGGUUCUUGGGUUAAUGUACACCUAGGCGGCCCUGUGGUGAAGGAUCUGUAUGAAAACUUCGAGGCUGCAGUCAAUGGCAGUGGCAGGAACGUAGUCUCUUAUUUCACACACGACACUGUGAUGGAAAUGACUUUUUGCGCUUUGGGUUUGUUUAAAGACGACGCUCCAAUCAGAGCGAGUGAGAGGAAUCCUGAUAGACUUUGGAAGACCAGAUUUAUAGCGUCUUUCUCCUCAAAUUUAAUCGCUGUUUUAAAUAGUUGUCAAGAAUCAGGAUCUCAAACGUACCGUGUUCAGUUCUUUAUAAACGAACGAGAAACGGAGUUGUGUCCCAUUACUGGAUGCACUUGGAAGCAGUUCCAGGAUAACUUCCACAGGUUCACAAAAACUAAUUUGGAUUAUUGCAGUAUAAACAACACUGCUGUUUUUUAG